AUGUCGGUGUAUAAUGAGCUCCGUCUGAAACAAGAGCUUUGUGACGCAGUGAUCAGAGUGGACAACGUUGAAUUUCACAUGCACAAAAUCCUCCUCUGCAACUGCAGCCUGUACUUCAAAGCCCUCUUUGCCACCUGGUCAACCCCAGACAGUCGGGUCUUUGACAUUCCCAAUGUGUCCCCCGACAUGAUGAAGCUCAUCAUUGAGUUUGCCUACACUGGCUUUGUUCCUGUGACACAAAAUAAUAUACGAGAGCUUUUUAUCGCAGCAGACCGGUUCAAUGUAAUGGGCAUCAUACAAGCCUGCUGUGACCUCCUGGAGAAGCAGCUGACCCCACAAAACUGCAUAGGCAUCUGGUGGUUCACAGACAUCUAUUACACCCCUGAACUGAACCACAAGGCAUUCCUUUACAUGCUGAAUCACUUUGAGGAGAUUGCUGCCACCUCAGAAGAGUUCCUGCAGCUCUCUGCGCAGGAACUUGCUAAGAUCAUUGCGAAUGACCGUCUCAAUGUGAAGCAGGAGAAUACGGUGUUUAGGGCUGUCCUUCGCUGGAUCGCCUACGCAAAUGAGGAACGCAGAGAAAACAUCUCUCUGCUUUUGUCCAACGUCAGGCUGGCUUUAAUGAGAUCAGAAUACAUCACAGACAGCGUAAGCAACAACGAACUGGUGAAGGCAAGUAAAGAUUGUCGACCGAUUCUCCUGAGGACCCUGGAGGCCAUGCUUGACCUGCAAACAAAGGAGUUCCCUAACUCUAUUUCUUAUAACCCUUUGGCCCGCCCACGACUGCCCCCUGCCAUUCUCUUGGCCAUUGGAGGCUGGAGCGGCAGUAGUCCUACCAAUGGUAUUGAGGCGUACGAUGUCCGUGCUAACUGCUGGAUCAAUGUAACAAACAAUGAGGAGGCUCCCCGGGCCUACCAUGGCACAGUUUUCCUCGAUGGAUCAGUAUAUUGUGUCGGUGGCUUUGACAGUGAUGAACAGUUCAGCUCUGUGCACAGGUUCGACCUGGGCACGCACACCUGGCAGGAGGUUACACGAAUGCAUUCAAGUCGCUGCUAUGUCAGCGUAACUGUGAUGGACGGGUGCAUAUAUGCCAUGGGAGGUUAUGAUGGACAUGAUCGACUCAGAAGUGCUGAGCGCUAUCAGCCCAAAAUCAACCAGUGGACUUUAAUUGCGCCCAUGCACGUACAGAGGAGUGAUGCCAGCUGCACAACCCUCCAUUGCAAGGUGUACAUUUGCGGUGGCUUCAAUGGGAGUGAGUGCCUGUCAUCGGCUGAAUGUUACGACCCAGAGACCGACCAGUGGACACUGAUCGCCUCCAUGGCCAGCAUGCGCAGUGGAACUGGGGUCAUCGCCUAUGCAGACCAUGUCUUUGCAGUCGGUGGUUUUAAUGGAACCAGGUGUCUGCGCACUGCUGAGGCCUACAACCCCCACACCGACACCUGGCACGCUGUGCCCUCCAUGCUGGGCUCCCGAAGUCACUUUGGCAGCGCAGUGAUAGAUGACCGUCUCUAUGUGGUCGGGGGCUUCAACGACUUUACCACCAUUCCAGACGUUGAGUGCUUUGAUGUCGAAGCUGGUGAGUGGUCUGAUGUCCGUGACAUGGAGAUCUCCCGCAGCGCCCUGAGCUGCUGCGUGGUGUACGGACUCCCCAACUUGGCCGAGUAUGCUGCCCCUCAUCACUCCCUGCACUCCCUGGAUGAAGUGGAAUGA